CCUUUUAUAGUGAUUCAAACAAAGAGUUUUAUUCAAAGUUAGUCAUUCUGUUGGCAAAGUUGUUAAAUGGGUACUAAAAUUUAUAAUGAAUAAUCGUGUUAUAAACAAAGAUAAUAAAUGAACAACAAACUUAAUAAAGUUUAUGAACUUAGCAGUGAUCUUUACAUAUUGAGUGAUAUGUUCAGAGAUAUAAAAUAAAUAAUGCCUAACCAAAGAACUUUUGAAGACGAUGACAGCUAUUAUGGAGAAAACAUAUAUAAUCAUAAGCGUGGACAAGUAAAUAUACUACAAGACAAAAGCUAUAUAAAGCAUAGACCUGGACAAGAAAGUCUGACACCGCGUAACUACCAAUAUACUAAUGGUAUCUCGUCUAAAAACCGCUUAAAUGAUUACUCUGAGUUUUAUGAACCAGCUCGCAAAAAGACUAACAUUGUACAUAGUCGUUACACGGGGGAUGGACAAAAGCGAACUUUCUACGACACUCCAAGUAGGAACUAUUUAUCACAUGAUUUUUAUAAAAACGAAUACGAUAGAAAAAAACCUCAUAGUAACGCAUUUCAAGAAAAAGUUUACAACAAAUAUAAAAAGCGGAGAUAUGAAACACCAGAAUACAAUAUUGAAAAAAAAAUGCCCCCGAUUGAUUACAGACUACAAGAUCAUCGAUAUCGACAAAGGAGAUUUAGCGAUUCUACUUACGAUCGACAAAAUGGCAGAGACAUGAGAAAUAAUAUUUACAUAGAUAACUAUGCGCAGAAUUUACCAGAACCAACCUUUCAAUACAUUCAAUCAACUGAUUACAGGUACCCUAACCACCAAAACUAUCCGGAUAAAAAAAAAGUUCAUUACACAUUUAGUUCAAAUAAUAAUAAAAGUUUUUAUAAAGAUAAUGAUAGUGUGGCUGUUGCUAAAAUAAGAAGCAAAUCAAAGUUAUGCAUUAUUAUUUUUAACAAUAUUUUUCUGUUGGGAGGCCUUGCAACUGGUUUAGCAUCGUGUAUCAAAGCACCCUGGUGGAGCAAAACAGCUGGAAAUGGUGACCAAUUGUUAAGCAUUGGAUUAUGGGAAACAUGUAAACAAACACUGCCAGAUAAAAGUUGGGAAUGCCACAAAUAUUCAACAGUUUCAUAUGAAAGUCCAUUCAAAAGUAUUAAACUACUGCAAAGCUGUAUGAUUGCCAGUGUUGUAUCAUCUGGAGCUGCAAUAUUGGUAAUGUGUGUUGUAGGAUUUUCUAUCACCAAACAUCCAAAGAUCACUAGAUUGUUAAUUUAUAUUGCAGGAAUUUUAACACUAGGGGCAGCAAUCUUAUAUGGCUUGACAGUUGCAUAUGCAGUAGAUAACAAAAAUCCUGCCAACCUUGUACCAAUCUGGGUAGAAGCUGUUAGUGGAAGUCUAGAGCAUGCAGUAAUGUUUUAUGUUUCUUGUGCUGCUGCAGCUUGUUUGUUUUUAGCGCUUAUCCACAUUGUUGUGCUUUUGUUUAUAAAUGACGAUUAUGACACUGAUCAACAAGAAACACAAUCAACAGAAGAAGACGCAAUAAAGUAUAAAUUUGACAAUCCUGAGUUUGAUGGUAAUUAUAAUUACAAUGUGAAUCAGGAUAAUAGAGAAAUUAAGCAACAAUUUGAGUUACAUGAGCUUCAAAAGUCUCCUAAACUAGUAACAAACCUCAAACAAAAACAACAGUCUUUAGCAGAACCUGUGGAGCUCUCUGGGGUCAGUUCAAAGUACUUAGUUCAUAAUGGGAAAACCCACCAGCACCCAUUCAAUGACCGUCAGUACCCAUUCAAUGACCGCUACACAGAUGUCAAUGAAGGAUACAAUCAUAGUAUUAAUGAUGUCAAUGAAGGAUACAUCCAAGAACAAAACUUAAAAAUAGUUGGUGUAAAAAAAAAACACUCGUUGCCCAAUAUUUUAAAUGAAAACUAUAAUGCUGAAAAUUAUCCAAGGCAGUUUAUAAACAGUGUCCCCACGCCAGCUGUUUAUAUGUAUAAAAAUACAGAAACUGAUUUUAAAAAUAAUGUCUCUUACAAAAAAAACAUUGUAACUCAGCAAUCUCUUGAUUAUGAGACAUACUUUAAUAAUCCAUACUGAAAGGUAAGUAAUACUUCAGAUCGCGUCUGCAACAACCCAAGGACAACCCAAAUGUUAAAGUAGAUUUGUGAUAAAAAUACGACAAAUCAAACUCAAUAAAAAAAAACGACAAACCAAACUCGAUAAAAAUAUGACUAACUUAUAAUAAAAACUGUUAAACAUAAAAUUUAUUUAAAAUCAGAUGCUAAUCAGAGCCUAAACCUUUUUUUAGGUUGUUCAAUUUCGAAAUUGCACAAAGUAAACUUUGUUGACACCUGGUUGACAACUAGUUUAUUUUUUUUAUUGCUAAAAACUAUAUUAGUGUUUUCCUAUUUUAUUAAUCUGAAAUUUUGUCCAGAGUAAUAAUUUUUAUACAGUUUUAUAGAUGUAUAUACGACGUUUAUAUUUUUCUUGUGUUUCUAUUAUAAAUUAAUUCUAACCUGACUCAAAUCCGA